AUGAGCAACGCCGAUAAAAAGAGUAUCAUUCUCGGGAUUAUCACGGACACAUUGCAGGAUGCCGAUGACAACUCCUACAACCAUGUGGUACGAGUGCACCGCUUCAUGGCCGACGAGUCUCUGGUCAUCGGAGAUGCCCUGUUGAUCGGAUCAAUCGGGCUGAGAUCAUCCAAACAAAAUGGCAAGUCUCGUGAUACAUACUCACCGAACCUGGGUAAUUUCCGUGAGAUGAAGGAUGCGUUGGGGCGCUUUUACUAA